UACUACUUCAGGACAUGCCAGAAAACUUCAAAUAAAUAAACUACAGCUGUGCAGUGGAACGCUGACUUUAGCUACCUCACAUCGCAACUGGAAUCCAGAAAAAUGGGUCCCAAAUCCAAAACAGGCGUUUAUCUGAGUAAAACAGCGGUAAUACUGUUCACGCUACUCUUCGCUGGUUUGCUCGUUGGCUUUACAACUUUGGCAACUCUUUACGCCAGAUCACGGAUUGAUUAUGGAAACAGGACACACGACGAAGAGCUAAAUCAAGAGUCUACCACUAAGGGUUAUAUCCUUGCGUCCACAAUCACACCAACGGUCCCCGAAAUCUGGGGUAGCCACAGACUUCCUCAGACUUUGGCACCUAUUAAUUACCAGCUCGAGCUCUGGCCACGUCUGGAACCCGAUGAUAACGACAAUUACCUUUUCACCGGUGAGAUCAACAUCACCUUCACCUGCAAACAAGAAACGGAUCUGAUUGUACUUCACAGCGAAAAACUCAAUAACUCAGGAGUUGAACUUAACGUUGUUACAGAUGGGGAAACAGAUGUUCCACAGGUUUUAGACAUACUGAAUUCGGAUGUGUACUCCUAUAUGAUUAUUCAGUUAUCUAAGACACUAAAAGAAGGUAGUUUUUACGUACUGAGAAUCAGGUUUUCCGGAUAUAUGAGUACUGGUAGACGGCUUGGGCUUUUUGUCUCUCAUUAUACAGAAGACGGACAAGACAUGACUUUGGCUGUUUCCCAACUGGAGCCAACCCAUGCAAGAUCUGUGUUUCCUUGCUUUGAUGAACCCGCAAUGAAAGCCACAUUUGAUAUACGGAUUGUCCACCUUUUUAAGUAUGUUGUGCUUUCAAACAUGGCAGCUGUUGGUGUUUCUGAAAUAGAGGAUAACAAUGGGACCUUGUGGAAUGUUACAACAUUUAAAAGAACACCAAGAAUGUCAACUUACAUAGUAGCUUUUAUGGUGUGUGAAUUUGAUUAUAUAGAAAGUCGUGAAAAUGGAAUAGAGUUGCGUAUGUGGGCUCGUAAAAGUGCUGUCCGGAGUGGUGAAGUUGACUACGCUCUAAAUGUCACAGGACCAAUCUUAAAGCACUUGGAAGAGUUGCUGAAUGUAAGUUAUCCACUGUCAAAAAUAGACAUAGUUGCAGUGCCUGAGUUCUUUCCGGGUGCAAUGGAAAACUGGGGUCUCCUUCUUUUCAUGGAGGAUGCAUUGUUUUAUAAUCCUAACAUUCAUUUUUCUGAUAGCAAAGUGUCCAUCUGCAAAAUCAUUGCACAUGAGCUGGGACAUCAGUGGUUUGGAAAUCUAGUUACUAUGAAUUGGUGGAAUUUCAUAUGGCUUAAUGAAGGAUUGUCAACAUACAUUGAAUCCACCAUUCCGUCUGAAGUGGAACCUCAGCUGUAUGUGGAAGACAAAUUGGUCAUCCAUGAUUUGCAAAGGAUGCUUCUUACAGAUUCAAUACAAAUGAGUCAUUCACUGGCUGUUAAAGAAAAAGAUGUUGAAACACCUACUCAGAUAAUGGGCCUGUUUGAUUUAGUGACUUAUUCAAAGGGUUCUUCCAUUACUAAAAUGACUGCAAAGUUUCUGACGGAGAAGGUAUUCCGAAAAGGGCUCAUGACCUAUCUUCAGGCCUUUUCCUACAUGAAUGUUGAUCAGGAUGAUCUUUGGAAGCACUGGCAAAUGGCAGCCAACAGUCAGUCAGAACUGCAGCUGCCCACAUCUGUAAAACGUAUAAUGGACUCCUGGACAUUGCAGCCAGGAUUUCCUGUUAUUUCACUGAAUACAAGCACUGGCACUAUAACUCAGGAGCCAUGCGCCCUACCAACAGAAAACCAAACUUCUAAUGGCAACUUUACUUGGUAUGUUCCUAUACAGUGGAUGAAAAAUGGAUCUUUGCAACCUUUAAAAUGGCUUGAUGCAAAAAUGUCUGUAUUCCCUGAGAUGGCCAUUACCUCAGAAGACGAUUGGAUACUACUGAACGUGGACGUAUCUGGUUAUUAUAGAGUUAUUUAUGAUGAACAGAACAUGGAGCGACUGCACCAUCAGAUGAUGAAAGAUCCCAAUGUCAUUCCAGUGAAUAACAGGGCACAAAUAAUUGAUGAUGCGUUUAGGUUAAUGUUGGCAGGAUAUGUAGAUGUUGAAGUUGCCCUCAGUACGACUAAAUAUCUCUCAAGGGAAAAAGACUUUGUAGUGUGGUCAAAGGCAAUAGAGAUCCUUAACAGCUACCUGGAUUCUGUGAUUUCUUCCAAUAUGUACGGAUUAUACAAGAGAUAUAUGUUGAAAACCUUUACUCCCAUUUAUAAUUACUACAUGGAUUUAAUAGAUGGAGAUCUCCUGAAUGUAAGAGAGGAUGACUCUUAUUUGCAGUUGUCUGUGCAAAAGUCAAUGGAGAUUGCAUGCAAAUUUGGACAUAAAGGUUGCCUACAACAUGCAUCUAAACUGUAUGCACAGUGGAUGAAGAAUUCUACCACAAAUAUGUUCCCAUUCUACAUAAGAGAAGAUAUUUAUUGUUUUGGAAUAGCUGCGGGAGAAGAGAGAGAGUGGGAGUUUGCAUGGAAGAAGCUUCAGGAGCAGAAUCAAAUAGAUUUAAUCCGGCCCCUGAGCUGUACCAAAGAACCUUGGCUUUUGAAGAGGUACCUUAAUCAUUUGCUGGAUGCAUCAUCUGUUGUAUCAGAGCGUAUAUCGAGCAUUUUGAGACAAAUACUGAAAAAUAUAAUUGGUGAACCACUAGUAUGGAAUUUUAUUCAAGAAAACAUGGAGAUAUUUCAAACCAAGGACAAAGCAUUUAAUCACCAGCUUUGGCCAGUUUUUGGACAUUUUGCCGACCGGAUUUCAGGUGAUUUUCAGUUUAACCAGCUGAUAAAGAUUUUAAAUAUGACUAUGGGUCCAGAAGAGUUGCCGGAGAUAAUCCAGAAGUCCACAGAAGUAAAAAAGCUAAAAUCAGAUUUUAAAACCAAAUACUUUCACAGAAUUUACAAAUGGUUUCAAGAAAAUGUAGAUAGUGAAGAUGUGUACUGACUUUAUGUUAGUUGUUAUUAUUCAGUUCGCUGGUUUUGAAAUUGUAAUAAUAAGAUACUGUAUGUGUGUAUGUACAGUACAAGUCUUCAAAAGUCUGAAAACAAAAAAGGCCUUACAGUUUAAAGCUGUAAAAGUUUUAUGACACUGAAAAAAAUACCAAAAAACUUACUUUUCAUAAGCUUUAAUUAACAUUAAGAUUAGAUUAUUAUUUUAUUAUUUUGUAUGUCCAGUCACUGACUUACUGACAGCUUACACUGUGUCCUUGAUGAUAUCCAUAUAAAACCACUCUGUCCGAUACAGGGCUGUGAAGGAACUGCAACCUGACAGGCAACAGGCACAAGGCAGGCUAAACCCAGUCCUUCACAGGGCACACACAGACAUAAGCACACAUAUACUCACACUC